AUGUUCGCAAGCUCGACUUCCAAGGGCACUUCUAGUAUGACUCCCCGCAGCUCUUCAACAGCGCCAGCACCGAGUCAUAUGCCCAUGGAUAGGAACGGUCAUUGGAAGGUGAAUAUCGGUCAAUGGAUGUGGGACGACUAUUCGGAAGUGGGAUGGACGCUGUACGACCCCAACGGCUUCGAGGCUGGUAAGCACACUACACGUGGAAAUGGCCUCAAGGAGAUGAAGGAAUAUAUCCAGUCGAUGAAUCGUCCUUUCGGCGACUCCAUGCCUUUUGGAGUCGACAUGACCGUCUCACAGCCCCACGACCACGAUCACUCUAGAAUCACCUUUAAAAUCAAGAAGGAGAUCAAAGGCUGCGGGGAAUGUUCGCCUCACAUGACGACGGAGGACUACACCGAGAGCCGGCCAUUCGAGAUCAAUGCUUGCGAAAAGUCUUGCUCAAAACAAGGAAAAUUUAGUCCUUUGAAAGCCCUGUCGGAUUUAUGGUGCGAUGAUCUUAAUACGGCCGAUUGGGAGACUUUGGCCAAUGGUUGGAAGCGCAGUUUUAACUGUGGUUGGAAGGGUUUUGAUUAA